AUGGCCAACCUCUCCGUCCGCAAUCUGACGAUCCAUCCCCUCGAGCUCCUCACCAUCGAUCGCUUCGAGGGGGCCAAGGAACAGACUGGCGAUCUUCUGACCAACACCCUGGGCACCGUCAACUCCUUUCUUAACGCAACCGAGUUCAAGACCACGCGCACGGUUGCCAAGGGCGAGCCCCACAAGCAAGACAAGGUCAAUGUCACCAUUGACCCCUUCAAGACCAAGGAAACCAAUGAGCGCACCGCGGACCCCAAGAAGGAGGUGAUCCGGCUGGUGUUCAAGACGGUCGGCCACAAGUACGAGGUCGACGUGCCCAGCGCCGACACCAAGAGCACGGUCAUGAAGAAGCUGGACGGCGGCAAGCUCGAGCUCACAGCCGUCUACGUGCCCACCGGCGCCCUCCUCGCCGUCUUCUCCUCGGCCAAGCUCGACGCGUGGAUGAAGGAGCUCGACAAUGACUGGCCGCUGCAGACGCUCUCCAUCCCCGGCACGCACAACUCGCCAACUUGCUACAAGGCCCUGCCCUCCGUGCGCUGCCAGGCGGUCGGCGUGCCGGAGCAGCUGCGCAACGGCGUGCGCUUCCUGGACGUUCGUGUGUCCGCCGACCCCGAGGACCAGAACCUCGCCCUCGUCCACAGCGCCUUCCCCGUUUCCCUCACGGGGACCAAGUGGUUCGGCGACAUGUGCGACGACAUUUACGAUUUCUUGCAGAAGCACCCGAGUGAGACGGUCAUUAUGAGCGUGAAGCGCGAGGGCACCGGCAAAGGCACGGACCAGCAGAUGGGCAACCACUUGAAGAAGAACUAUGUCGACAAGAAGCGUGACUUUUGGUGGACGGAGCCAAAGGUACCCCGCCUUGGCGAGGCGCGCGGCCGCAUCAUUAUCAUGCGUCGCUUUGGGCUGAGCGAGGAACUCAAAAAGUGCUGGGAUGGCCGUGGCUUCGGCGUCGACGCCGCGGCCUGGCCGGAUAACUGCGAGGACGGCCACAUUGGCGGCGGCCACAUUCGCGUGCAGGACUUUUACGAAAUCUCGGAGACGCAGAACGUGCAGAAGAAGAUUGACUUUGCACGUGGUCAGCUGGAGCGUGCCGCGGAGCAGAACUUUUCCCUCGGGCACAAGGACAAGACCCCACCCUUCUUUGUCAACUUUCUCAGCGCCAGCAACUUCUUCAGCGCGAGCUGCUGGCCGGAGAGGAUCGCCGCCAAGGUCAAUCCGUCGGUUGUUGAGUACCUGUGCAUCAGGCACGGGGAGGAUGGCAAGGGGCCAAGGAAACUCAAGGUCGGCACGGCGGGCACUGGUAUCGUGGUCACUGACUGGGUCGGUGCGAACGGCGACUGGGACUUGAUUCGCUGCGUUGUUGGCAUGAACGCAAGACUACAGAUGAAACGAUAG